AUGCGCAGCUUAAAAAGCGCGAAAAAAACAAAAAUGGCGGACGAUGGAAGAGUCUCUGUUAAUAGCAAACAAACAGUUCUCAGAAUUCACGAUAAAAUUAAAAAGGAAGUGCAUGAAAUAGCAAGUAAGAAGUCUUGGAAUGCGCAACAGAAAGAGGAAUUUGAGAGAAAGCUGCUCGAGCUUUACAAGGAAUCUGUUGAGGAAACUAUCAAAGAAAACGUAACCAUUGGCGGUCAGGCCUGGGAUAAUGUAGGCGAAUCAGAAGCUUCAAGUAGUUCUCUUCUUCAGGAAGAAAUGGAGCCCCUUAACAGAGACAGAAUUACAGAAGUUCUUCAAAUAUGUUCUGAACUGGAUGAUAUGAUCAGAGAUACCACACAGAAACGUAAAAAAUAUCCUCAGCAAAUUGUUGAAGGAGUCUGUAACAUUCUUCAGAGCCAUAAGGAAUUUUUGGAAAACUAUCAGCCGGUGAUUAAAAGCAACUUAUUGUCUGGUGGGUCCAAUGUCAUAACACCAGAUUUGGAAGAGUGCAUACAGAGAUUACAAGGAGCAGCAUCUGAUGUUAUGCAGCUAUCAAAGUCUUUUCCUGAACUUCACAGCAAAGCUGAACGUCUUCAGCAAGCUGUCCAUUCCCGUCAAGCCAUGCAGGAAUGUGAGACUGAUGGCGUUUUAUUUGCAUUAGAAAAUAAGAAUGAGACUUUGAACUCAUCUUCCACUGAACCAACGGUGUUGCAAGAUGAUGAAAGCACUGAAAAAUUGAAGAUGGUAGAUUUUCUGUGGUGGGGUGGGGAGAGGCGCAGGUCACGUCCUCCUGUGAGAUUUGAUGCUUCUCAAAAUACUUAUGGCCUGUGAAUUUAUGGCUAUUUUGUUUAGUAACAAUAAUAAAUGAUUAGUUGUUUUAGCAGUUGCUGUAAACUGGCAUGUAGUUUCAUAUCCUUUGUACAGAAAGUAUGUUCAGGAGUCAAUUUUUA